UUUCACUAAUUAUCUUCACUAAAUUUUCACUAAUAAUUGCUAUUAUUUAUGUAAUUUUACAUAUUUUUUACAGUGUACCACCGCGAUAAGAGAGUCGAAAUUUCAUAUAAAAUUAAUGGAAAAAAUUAGUGGAGAUAUUUCUCGAUUGAUCAAACUGACAAGUGUGCGACAUUUGAAAAAUUAUUACACGCGGCUCGUGCAAGAUUCAUCGCGAUAUUGAACAUCAUAAAAAAGAGAAAUAUUACUAUGAAUGGAAAACGCGAUAUCGAGAUAGUUCAAAAUGAAAUUCAUACCGCUAUUUAAGUGAUUCGUCAUACUUUAGAUUUACAGCUCGAUUUCGAGAAGGGCAAUUUAAUAUCUUGAAGAAGAAGUACAUAAUAUAAUAUUAAAGAUGUAAUCGAUAUUUUUUUUUCUUAUACGGAAUAUGUAUAUUAUAUGUUAGAGAGGUAAGUGAUAAGAUAGAGAGAUAAUAAGAGCUCGACAGCUCGCCGAUAGACGCAGUAGUACUCGAACCGUUCGCCAGUACACAAGUUUGCGGCAACAUUAGCGCAGAAUUUAACACCGGCGUGCGAAAAGAACGUGACCAGAAAAAUCCUGAUAUCUGGACACGCGGAAUCUUCGGCUUCGCGUGAAGCAGAUGGGCACUUCAUUUUAAACGGAUUUAUAUCACGAAGUUUGACGUGAAAAGUUGAACGCGUUAACUGAAGAAAAAAAAAGAUUUCGCGAGAGAAAGUGUCACCAUGUUUGAGAAACUUGGCAGACGAAAUUCUGCAGGUAUAGAGGCAUGAAAGCGUGUCGCAACGCGGAGAUCCAGGUUCACCUUUUCACGAGCAGCCGCCCGGCAGGAUGAUUCGUUCGAACUAUCGAGCGACUAAGCGUGAGACAGUUCUCUCAAGGAACAUCUUCUAGGAUGUCCUUCAUUUUCCGAAACAUUUCGCGCCUCGUGGCUGUCGGGCGCGAACUUACGCGAGUGUUUAUGGAUGAAGAAGACUAAACCUGGAGUAAACGAGGACUAAAUGAUGUUGUUAAAGUGCGCGAAUCAAAUUGCAGAGCUACAUUUCAUCGCGUUAUUUAAAUGAACUAGAACAAAAUCAAUAAAUAGAGGAAGGAAAAGAAAGAUAAUUAUAAAUAAUGUGGAAUAUAGAAUUAUAUAUGAGAAGUGCUAAUAAAAGAUAUUAUAAUGUCAAUCGUAACGUACACGUGGCUCAGAAGGGUGUGAUGUGUGAUAUGAAAAAGCGUUGCCGAAUGUCGUGAGGCAAACUGGCGCAUGGCUAGAUAAAGGUCUCGUCCAGCUAGGGAAACCGGGCGGCAUGGGUCUGCUGCCGCGUAUCUCCCUAAAGAGAUACUUUUUCUACGCGCUAUGUCUGACUGGCUCGCUGCUUGUCCUACUGAAUUCGCUGCAGGACGAGAUAUGGCACAGCAUACGACCGCAUCCCCCUGGUCAGCCGCAGUCCGUUCGAGCUGCCGGCGACGGGCUGAAGAUGAAACCCGAUUGGCCUUCGAAAUCGAAGAAGCCGACGAUGCGAGUAUUACGCACUCGGGAGCGAGUGAAGAAAAGACUUCCGUCCGAGGCAUUGAAUGUAAAUGGAUCCAUCAGUUUGGGCGAAAACUCAAUAGACUUGGAUCCAACGCGAAGGCCUUGGUACAUGAAAGGAGGGACCAGAAGGCCUUUUCCGGCAAGAAAAGCUCGCAAUACUGGCCGAAGAUUAGCUCAAUUGUGGCCAGAGGAAAAUGCUUACGAUGAUCGUGUGACGAAUCAGUUGAUGUUUGUGCCACCCGAUUACAACAGAACAGGCAGCGAGCAUCCGCUGAAGAAGAUAAUGAUUCCUCACGGAAUGGCCGAAGCCAAAGUCGGUCCUGACAUUUUCUUCCAGCAACGCUGCCCGGUAAAUACCUGCACAAUCGUCCGUGAUAAUCCGGACAGCGCCGAUCUCAUUCUAUUUAAGGAUUACAUCACGCACGUGGGACGAAGAUCUAAUAAUCAGGUGUGGAUGCUGUAUUUUUUAGAAUGUCCUUAUCACACGCAAAGCGUCAAAAAUGCCCUUAUCAAUUGGACCGCCACGUAUCGACGUGACAGCGACAUAGUGGCACCUUAUGAGAGGUGGCAGUAUUAUGAUUCCAGUAUCACACAAAUUCCACAAACGUUUAAUUAUGCAGCGAACAAAACGAAAAAGGUCGCCUGGUUCGUUUCCAACUGCCAUCCCCGAAAUCAGCGCAUGCAUUAUGCCAGGGAACUCUCGAAAUACAUCCAGGUAGACAUUUACGGAGCGUGCGGCAGUCUACGCUGUCCGCGGUCGCAGUCGCAAACCUGCUUCGACAUGCUCGACGAGGAUUAUAAAUUCUAUCUCGCGUUCGAGAACUCCAACUGCAAGGACUACAUCACGGAGAAGUUCUUCGUCAACGGACUCGGGCACAACGUGUUGCCCAUCGUGAUGGGCGCCCACCCCACGGAUUACGCGCGCAGCGCUCCCUAUCGUUCCUACAUCCACGUGGACGAGUUCCAGUCGCCGAAGGAGCUCGCCGAGUACCUGCACCGGUUGGACCGCGACGACGAGCUGUACAACUCGUACUUCCGCUGGAAGGGCACCGGUGAGUUCAUCAACACGUACUUCUGGUGCCGGGUCUGCGCGAUGCUGCACGAUCACGACCGGGCGCCCAAGUAUUACAAGGACGUGAACGAGUGGUGGCGAGGCGAUGGUGUCUGCACGACCAAUUCCUGGCGCGAGCAGGACCUCACGCGUUCGCAGAGCCAGCCGAACACCUGAGAAGCAGGCGGCUCGCACCGGGGAUAAAGGAUCAAGAGGCUCUUCCGGCGGUUGCGAGGGAGUGUCCGCCCGACACACGUUGCUCAAUAUUCUACAAACGAUUUUUCCGAUUCUUCCAAAGUGUAAAGAGACAAACGACGCCGAGAUAAGGUCGGGAGCGAACGUUGAACGGACACCUCGUUUUAUCGCGCGUCCUAAGAAAAAGGUAUCGAAGAAGAUUCUUCUUCGUCGGGAGAUACUUUGCGCAGAGAAGCGAUAUACGACGCAAAGUGAGUUUUCGCUUCUUUUUUUUUAUCGAGACGCGCCAGGAAAUUCUUUUUGCAAAUCAGCAUCGCGUUAGGGGUGUUUUUUUGUCAGAGGGCAGUUUACGUGCCUAAUUGUCGAAUCUUCCAAAAUAAUGUUUCUAUACGGUUUUUUUUUUUUUUUUUUCAAAUAAUAAAUUACGAGAGAUAAUUUCGAAAUAGCCAUGACAAGGCUGGUGAGGUCGCUUGAUAUUUUAUGAUUGUAUGAGGACAAGAAUUUGGGAUGCUCGUAAACGUUUGAGAAGCUUGUUGAGUGUAGAGGAGAAUUGUGCGACACAUAUUGUGAGAAUAAAGCGCGAUUUGUUAUUUAGGAGAACUCGAUUCUAGCCGCUCUCUUCAAGUAUUUGAUUUGCAAAAUUUCGUUUCGAUACAUUGAAAGACGUAUCCGAUUAAAAUUAAAAUCACCUUUGCUAUUUAAAUACAGGAUGAGGAUAUACAAUAUGAAAUUACAUAGAAUUAUCGCAAAUAAUUUCCCAACUAUAUAUAUUUUAAAAGACCAAAUAAUCGAUUACUUCGAUAUUAAUCGGUAUCAAAAAUUAAAGAAAUCUAAAAUUAAGUUUCACAAAUAAAAUUUAGUUUUGAUUAGGUUCACCUCGCGUGCGAUGAAAGUUUUAAUUAAACUAAAUUAUAUGAACAUGUGAGACGUAUAAAUAUUUAAAUCCUUACAAAAAAUUUACUAAUAAAUGAAAACUAAUCACAAAUUCACCAUAAAAGUCUAUAUAGUUGGGAGAACAAUCGAUGGAUCUAAAACGAAAAAUUGCAAUUCGAUAAUUGAGAGAGCUGCGUGUGAUUUGUGUAUAAUUUAAAACAAAUUAGCGGCGAUUACAUUCGUAUAUGCAAAUCAUGCAUUUUGAUGGUUUUUCAAGCAAAAGAAAAUGGUUUUAAAAAGUAAACUCACAAACUUUGAUCGCGCGUAGAGGAGGAAAAGCUCGUAAUCGCUUUUUGUCGAGAAUGACAAUUACUGUUCAGUAUUUAAUAUUAUUAUGGUUCCCUCUUGUGAGAAUUUUACAAGAGAAUUUUAUCGUUGUGUUGUAGAUGGCAGAAAAAAUUCAUGUGCAUUCAGAUUGCAUUACGUGUAAAAAAAAUUUCUAGCAAAACCUUACUUUUCCGACAAUAAUCAUAUAUUUCCUGCAUAUAUGCUCACAUCUGCAUGUAUGUAUAUGACAAUGGAAGAAUUGAAAAUGAAGAUCGAAUGGACACACAUUUUUGAAUGCGAGAGAACGUUAAUUAGCAGUACAAAUAAUUUAUUGCAUUUAUACUUUUACCGAAAGAAUGUACGUUAUUUAUUUCGCGAAACCAAGAUGCAUUUUCUUCUAUUGUAAAACGGCGUAGCAUUUAUCGACGUAAAUAACGUUGCUCAUAAGCUCGUAAGAUAUUUCAAAGAGCUUCUAUCCCACAAAUUCUCGAGUGCACACGAAUUUUGUUAUUUAACAUCGCAUUUCUCAUCGCGAAGGGUUUUCAUGGAUAAUCUAGUCAGGAAAAAAGCUCACUGGAGGAGUAUUUUCGAAUAAUUUAUGGUAAUAGUAUUAUAUACGCAGUGCGAGAAAGUACCUGUUUGAAUAUAAUUCCUACAUACUAUAUUUUUCUUUCAAUUGAAUUAAUCUUGACUUUAAUUAAUUAGCAAGGCAUUGUCGACGUAAUCAUAUUCACUCCGUGGCUAGUGCGUCAAUUCGAAAAACGACUUCCGCUUUGAACACUAGUCUAGCUCAAACGUAGCUCAAACUUGAACUUUCGGACUUUGGUCCGAAGAAAAAAAAAAGACAGAGAAAAGACAAAACGGAGCGAAAAAAAA